AAGAGUCACCCCAAAAUCCAACUUCAUAUUUUUUAGUCAUAUUAGUAAUAGACAAAAAUGGAAAGCGGAAGCACUAGCCAGUGCAACGUCCAAAACAAUCGGAUAAUACAGAACGACCAAAAUAAGCAAAUACAACUACGCGAACAGGAUUCAUUUCAAAAAGUGAAUAGUUUGAAUAAUAAUAAUGAAAACUAUGUUGAAAAUAAUCAACCUGUAACAUCAACAGAUGAAGAAUUGCCAAUGCAACUAGUUUUAAACAAAUUAAGACCAUAUUUAUCACUACCAGUCGAUGAAAAAAAUGUAAUCAUAUUCCUUCACAAUUUAGGUGUGAAGAGUAUUAGUGAUUUACUUCUAUUAGAUUUUGAAAAAGAUCUACGAGGUAUAAUAAAUGUAAUCCAGUGUCGUAAGUUAAGACAAGAACUACUAAAUGAUAUUACAAUGCAAUAUGUUAAUGCACAAUUUGUAAUGCCACAUAUACCUAUUUCGUCAGCAGUAGAACAGGCCCCAUGGACACAAUUCAAUGCUGUUUCCACAAUGCCACAGUUCACAAGCAGUGUAAUUAAAUCUUUGGAAAACGGUACCGUGUCAAAUGAUGAUCAACUUGAGAUAGUUGAAGCAUUGUCCAAAUAUCUGUUGGGUGUCGUAGAAAAUCCAGGAAUGCGGGAAUGUCGACAAAUUGUAAGCUUGUUGGAAAAACAAUUUCCAAAUGGGUUUAGAAAUAAAGAAUCUAGAUUUAAUGUGGAAUAUAUCUCAAAACAAGUUGUAAGGCGUAUUUAUUAUUUAAAAAGCAAAAAACAACAAUUAGAUCUAAAGCAGAAGGGCUUAUUGCCACAAAAAAAUUGUGAUAAUUCAAAAAUGUCCAAACAAAAAAAAUUGAGAUUUGGAACUCAUCCUGAUAGAUAUUUGCCAGUUGAUAAAGAAGAAGGGCAAAUGUUUAGUCACCAAGAACAAGUGAAAAUUUGGUUAAAAUCAAUGUAUCUAGUAUAUUAUGUAACAAAAUUGGAAACUAUGGGCACAAUAAAGUGGAGCUUUAUCAUUGGGAAAAUGAGAGAAACGUAUACUGCUCAAAGAAAAAUGAUAACAAAUUCAGAGCCAAUUUAUAAAAUAUUAGAGGAUUAUCCUUUCAUUGGCAAGGGAUUAUUUUUGAGGGAUCAUUUUUUCCACUUAAUAAACAAAGAUGAAACGAUAUUGGAGAAAUGUGGAAAGCGAAUUCCUUUACUCUUAAAGUUUUUUGAAGCAGAAGCUGAAAAGGAACGGAAAGAUAUUGACCUGCAAAUGCGAUUGAAGACUAUAAUAAGAAAAAACAAAAUUAGAAGUGAUAAUAAUAAUGCAUUUUUAACUAUAAUAUUAUGCUGUAUGGCUAUUGUGAAAGAGAAUAGUGACCGGAUGAUUAUCACAUUAGAAGACUCCGAUAGUUUUGAUGAAUUACAGUCACAUGCAAAAAUAAUCCCAACGCCUGUAGUGGCUUGUAUGGGUGACAUAUAUUCACAAGGAAAAUGUUUUGUAUUUGUUGGUCAACAUUGUCUGUGGCAUGAACCAACUACAUUUAAUGAAGCAUUUCAAAUCAUGUUUAUGUCCUACUAUGUUUUCAAUUUGCUAUACCCCAAAGAAUUGGGGGCUACUUUACAGUUCAUAGAAAAGUUUAUGUUUAAAAUAAAUGAUGAAGGCAAUAGGGUUGAAACGAGACCUCCUGGUGAAAAAUGUGUACCUAAACUACUUAAACUUGAAGAAGAUUAUGUAAGUUAUAUUGCACAAAAUUGUACUUGUUAGUUUUUUUUUAAUAAAUAUAUUUUCAAUGUUAG